AAUCAGGAAGAAGUUGAGAUCAUUACCGAUAAUAAAACUAAAGAAACCAACGAGAUUAUGGCCGAUAAUACAACAAAAGAAACUAUAAAAUUAUCAUGGACGCCCUUUUCUUCGGAUUACUUGCCUUCUUCCUGCGAAAAACUUCCGUCUCACCAAUAUACUUCUCCACGUAAAUUCUAUCUUAUAGGCCCCAAAUCCCGAGAAUUAACGAUUUUUCUUUGGAAAUACUUAACAUACGCAUCUGUUAAUGAAAUAUCUUGGAAGUUGGUUUCUAAAGAUCUCUGUCCUUACCCACCAGAACUUUUACCUUUUUUCCAAAAAAUAUUUAACCGUUUCGCUCGUCAGAAGGUCCCUGAUCUUUCUGAAUGGCCUAAAGGUUAUGCUCCAUGUUGGUUUUGGGCUGUCCAGCCUGAUGUUUGGGAAACCUGUGCAAAUGGUGUGAAAUAUCGCCUAACUUCUAAUUACACACAAUGGCGUGAGGCUGACGUAAUAUAUAUGAAUUAUCCGUUCUUUUUUAAAAUAGAUGAUCCACCAUAUUAUGAUAUUUACGAAAUGCCCCCGCGUAAUUCAGGUCAAGUAUGGUGGCUUGAAUUUCCAACCGAAGGUUUAGGUUAUUAUUGGUUUGUCGGCCUCAAAAAUUUUCAAAGUAAAUUUGAUAUUACGAUGGGUGCUCCCGCAAAAAUUUUUGAUAUUUUCCAACCAACGAAUGGGUUAUCUAAGGACAAGAUCUCUGAAUUUUAUAAAAUUCGCAUUCCUUUUGAUAGAAAGAAGUCUGACGUUCUCGUUGCGUGGAUGGCUGGUAAUUGUGACCCUAAAAAUAAUCGUAAUGACUACGUACAAGAAUUAAUGAAAUACAUGGCAGUCGACUCAUUUGGCAUAUGUCUUCACAACAAAGAAUUACCUGAUGAUAUUAGAGAAAAAUAUAAUAUGAAAACGGGUGAAACAGCCUAUUACAAAGAACAUAUGUAUGAAGUAAAGGUGGAUGUUUUUACGAGAUACAAAUUUGUUCUCGCUUUUGAGAAUUCAAAUUGUGACAGUUACGUUACUGAAAAAGUUUAUGAUCCCUUAAAAAGUCAUACUAUUCCUAUCUAUAUGGGUGCUUCUGAUAUAGAUGAUUUUGUUCCGCCAAAUUCAAUUAUAAAAGUUACUGAUUUUAAAAAUGUGAAAGACCUCGCUAAUUAUAUUAAUGUAGUUGCUAAUAAUCAAACAUUAUACGAAAGUUAUUUCGAAUGGAAAAAUGAUAAUACUUAUAAGAAUUUCUGUAAAGCGUGUCAGCAGAGUGAGGUGUCGUAUGUCUGUAGAUUUUUAGAGAGGGCAGUAUGGGUUUAA